AUGAGAAAACAUACUAACAAAAUUACCGAAGAUCCGCACCAAAAGAAGAUUUCUUAUUUAGAAAAUCAAAAUGACACUGAUGAUCCAGCUACACCUUCUACCAGUUCAAAAGAUGUCUCUGUAUUGUCUUCACAUAUGUCAACCUCAAUAUCAGGACUCAACGACAAUGAUAUGACUUUUAAUGUAACUUCAGAGUCUUCAGACGAUAAAACUAAAAAGGAUCUUGCCUCUAAAGGCUCUAUUACUGCAGUAUUUGAUAAAAUAAAUUCAUAUGCAGAUUCAGAUACUAUGGCUGCUCGGCUUACUAACAGUAUCGUAUACAUGAUUGCUAAAGAUCAUCAACCCCUGUCAAUUGUUGACAAUGAAGGUUUUAGAGCACUUAUGAAAUUAGUAGUACCAUUAUAUAAAAUUCCUAGUAGGAAAACGAUCACAACCCGUUUGGACGAUAAAUAUCAUAUUAUGCAAUAUAAAAUUAAAGCUAUCUUGUCAAACAUCAAGAAUUUGUCUCUUACUUCAGAUAUAUGGACUGAUCCAUACAAUACAAAAGGAUUUUUAGGUAUAACAAUACACUAUAUUGACUGUAAAAACUUCACUCUGGAAUCAAUAGAUCUUGGAAUGCAAGAACUUGAAAACCGACACGAGGCAGUGUAUAUAUCCCAAGUUUUCAAAAAUAUUUGUGAAGAAUGGAAUAUACAGAAUACGAGUGUGUGUGCUAUAAUCACUGAUAAUGCUGCCAACAUGAAAAAAGCAGUGUACGAUACAUUUGGAAGUAACAAACAUGUUCCAUGCUUCGCCCGUUCGUUGAAUUUGAUGAUACAAGAUGCUAUAUCUUCAACACAGGAACUGAAACCAAUUAUCCAAAAGGUCAAGCGUAUUGUUACAUUUUUCAAAUGCAGUGUUAACGCUACACAUGCACUAAAAAAAUUGCAAAGACAGGAAGGCAAAACGGAAGAUAAAAUUUUGAAGCUAAAACAAGAAUGUAAAACACGAUGGAAUUCGACGUUUUUGAUGAUAUCAAGAUUUUUGCAAUUAGCAAAUCAUGUAAGCGCAGUACUUAUCAAUAAUUCAAUAUUAGGAUCUGCAGAUUCACCAGAAAUGAUAUCUCGUGCGGAAUUGAAAGCUAUUGAAGAUGCGUGUGAAUUACUAUCUCCAAUAGAAUUGGUUACAGUAGAAAUUUCAAGGGAAAAAUAUGUAACGUGCAUUUCAUAUGCUCAAACAAAAGUAAAUAAACUUAUGAAGGAGAUGUUUGAAUCCGAAAAUGAAAAUAGCUAUUCCGAAUCGAAUAUCGAAAGCAAUAUUAAAAAACAUAAUGUGUGGAACAUACACGACGAAUUGGUGACAUCUAGAUCUGAAAAUUUAGACGAAUUUGGAGAGAACGGAGGCUUAUCAGCUGAAUUUCGACAAUACCUCAUCUCUCCAGUAGCAGACAGAAGAAAGUGUCCUUUAAAAACUUGGCAGCGUUUGAGAGCACUGCAUCCACACUUGUACGAAAUAGCUUUAAAAUAUUUAGUCAUUGUUGGUACCUCCGUGCCAUGUGAAAGACUGUUCAGUAAAGCCGGCAAUAUCAUUACUGAGAAACGCAAUCGGUUAAAAGGAAAACAGGCUUCCAAAAUUAUAUUUUUAAGUUCAUUAAAUAAGGAAUAUUGGUGA